AUGUCAAAGUCUCAAGGCUGCUGCAGAAGCUUUCUGCAUUUUGUGUUUGAUUAUGAAACAACAAAAACUCUGGUUGUUCCCAAUCUGGGGGUCGGAUGUUUCUUCAGGUUCGUCCAGCUUCUGGUGCUGCUGUAUGCAGUGGGGUAAGUUUGCUGUGUUGACUCAUAAUGGGAUAAAAUAUGGAAAAACGAGACGCUUGAUCAUUUAUUAGGAAAAGAUUUGAAUAACUUUAACACUUGCUGUAAACUUGCAGGUAUGUAUUUGUGGUGCAGAAAGCCUAUCAGCAGACCGACUCCGUCAUGAGUACUGUCACCACCAAAGUGAAAGGUUUUGCCUUCACCAAUGCUUCAAACAUGGAUCCUAACUUUUGGGAUGUGGCUGAUUAUGUCAUACCAGCUCAGGUAUUUUCAUUUAAAGUCUGAAUGUUCGGUCUGUUUCAAUAACUUGAGCAAAACCACAUCCUACUAUGUCUGUUCUUGUUGUAUGACAGGGUCUGAAUUCAUUCUUUGUGCUGACAAAUAUGGUUAUUACCCCACAUCAGACUCAGUCCCGCUGUCCCGAGGUAGGAACUGAUGCUACUUGUUCUCAUUGGUCUGGUACACCCUGUUCAUUUUGUGUCCAUGUUUUCCAAAAAAGGAUGAAGUUUGGUUUCUUCUCUUUCUUUUUCUCGAGUAAACAACUGUGAUUUUUCUCUCCUUCAGCUUCCAAGCCCAUCAACUACCUGUGUGGAUGACUGUGACUGUAUUGAGGGAUACAAUAAUCCCAGAGGCAACGGUACGCCCCUCUCACUUUAGUGGUAUCAGACCAGCAGAUGCCUAAUAUGUGUAAUAUAAUACAGUCAUUUUUGCUCAGGUAUAAGAACAGGCCUGUGUGAGAACUAUUCUACGACCGCCCGGACUUGUGAAGUGCUCUCAUGGUGCCCGCUUGAAAUAGACACUAAGCUGCCUGAGUGAGGAUAAAUGCAGUUAUCUGUUUCAGAAGUCAUUACAGUGUCAUGUAGAUCUACUUGAAUAUGUUGUGUCUCUUUUGCACAGACACCCACUGCUGGCUGCUGCAGAGAACUUCACCGUGUUGAUCAAAAACAGCGUCACAUACCCAAAGUUCGACUUCCACGCGUCAGUGUUUUAACAUACUGCUGCAAACAUACAGCUUUACCGUGAAGGUAUAUUAAUCUCACCUUUAUUUCUUACAGGAGAAACAUACUGACACAUAUGAACUCCUCUUACCUCAAGAGAUGUGAAUUUAAUCGUACAACAGACCCUCACUGCCCCAUAUUCCGACUUAAACACAUGAUUUCAGAGGCUGGAGAGGAGUUUCAAGACAUGGCCACAAAGGUACAUGCAGACUACAAACUCAUGAUCCUUCAGGUCAAAUAAUAGGAUGAUGAACAAAUCUUGAAGGUGAUUGUUGUAAUCCUUGUUUUUACAAAGGGUGGUAUCCUCGGGAUUGUGAUUGACUGGAGCUGCGACCUGGACAGGUGGGCAAAGAAGUGCCUCCCAAAGUACAGCUUCCGCAGACUGGACAACAAAAAUCCUGUCAAUAAUGUUGCCCCUGGAUACAACUUCAGGUGAGAACCACAAACAGCACAUAGUAAAGGCUUGUUAUUUGAUUAACUGAACUAAAGAAACAAACAUUAAACCUCUUCUUUCAGGUUUGCAAAAUACUAUAUGACCCCAGACGGAGUGGAAACUAGAACUUUGAUUAAAGCGUACGGGAUCCGGUUUGACAUCCUUGUGUUUGGAACUGUGAGACCUGAAUAAAACAUCUUAAAAUGAGUCAAUCAGUCACAUUUAAAUGCUUUUUACUCUUUAAUAACAGUGGCGAUCUCCUUUCUUCAUUUGCAGGCAGGGAAGUUUGGGAUUGUACCAACCCUUGUGAGCUUAGGUGCUGGAUUGUCAUUUCUUACUUUGGUGAGUUGAUUUUUCUGCUCCUCCUUUCGACGUAUUUCAUUAUAGAAAGCUAUUUUUUGACAUUCUAUUAUUUUCCCUACAGGUUCCUUAUGUGGCUGAUGCAUUUAUGUUGACAUGUGUGAAAAAAAGGCAACUCUACAACAGACGCAAAGUUGAAUAUCUUGUUGAGGAUGCUGACACUGAAGAAGUAAGAGACUCAUCUUCUAGUUUAUAUUUAACAAUCAGUCCUGAUUGAAUUAUUUUCUUCCAUUUUCUUUAUGUUUUUAUCAAACAGAUACCAAUGGGCACUACAUAUGGAACUCAGUAACAUGGUCACAUCAUCGUGGGAACACUCUUUGGAGAUUGAUGUGAAUAAUUCCUGUUAUGAAUAGAUACCUUCAAUGACAUAUAAAUUCACCAAAAAGGACUUACAAUUUAGGGGAGACUGGGGAUGGUUGUUACACUCCUAAUUCUUAAGUAGAUCAUUCAUGAUCAGCACUAGAUAGAGGAUACAUGAUGCUGAUAUCACACUGUUUUAUAGUAUAUUUUGGCAUUUGACAAAAUACAACAAUUUAUUGAUAAUGCCAAAAAGUAAAGAAC